CAUUCGUCGCUCGGACGCCGGGAAACCACGAGCCGUUUUCCUCCGCGCCGCGCCGAACUUUUCGGACGCAUUCGAUUUUUAAACUUACCGGACUUUUAAAAUAAGAGUUCGAUCUUUAAACUGUGAAGUGAGUGAUGUUUGUGAAUUGGUUGUGAUUGAUUUUUUUAUUUAUUGACAUUUAGUGACCAUCAAUCAAGCUCGGACAAUUGAAGCGGACUGCGAACAGCACUUAACAUGUCCGACUAGACCAUUCAGACAUCCGAAGGAUGACAAGAGUAGAGUGAACUUAACAAGAAGGACACUAAGCUGUUACCGAUGAACGACCUAAACUAUAACGCCGGGAUGAGUUCCUACCAGUUCGUGAACUCCCUAGCCUCGUGCUAUGGGAACCAGGCGCCGGGGCGCACAGGUACGCCGGUGGACCAGCCCGGGCACCCGGGCCUGCCGACUCCGGGAGCGGAUUACUACAAUCCAAGCGCGGCGGCCUCGGCCUACCCGAACGCCUGCUACUCUCCUCCACAAGUCGGCCACCACUACCCUCAACACCCGUACGCCACGCCGGCCGCGGGGGCGCACAUGCAGCCACAGACUAUGAUAGACUACACACAACUACAUCCACAAAGACUUGGAAACACAGCCAGUCAUAUGCAUCAGCAUUCAAACCCAAGCCCUGGGGCGCUUUCACCGAAUUUGAUAUCAAAUCCUCCCAGCCAAGCGGGCGGCGCUAGUUGUAAAUUCGCUGAUUCCACGUCUACUACAGGCGUCGCGUCGCCACAAGAUCUCUCCACAUCAUCAGGCCCCGGCAGAACUUCGCCCGGCUUUAGUGUACAGGGUGGAACUGGGUCUAAGCUGGGUCUGACGACACCCAUCGCUUCUCCAGUGGAACACAAAGCGAACGUGAACCAGAAUAUUUCAAGUCCGGCUUCCAGUACGUCCAGCAACGAAAGCAAUGAGGCUAACAACUCUAGUUCUAAUAAUACGAAGAAUUCUAAAUCUGCCAACGCGUCGGCGAAUCCUCCACAAAUUUAUCCAUGGAUGAAGCGGGUGCAUCUAGGACAAAGUACGGUGAAUGCCAACGGUGAGACGAAACGUCAGAGAACUUCGUACACACGGUAUCAGACGCUAGAGCUGGAGAAGGAGUUCCACUUCAACCGGUACCUGACGCGGAGGAGACGGAUCGAGAUCGCGCACGCGCUCUGCCUCACGGAGCGCCAGAUCAAAAUCUGGUUCCAGAACCGGCGAAUGAAGUGGAAGAAGGAGCACAAGAUGGCAUCGAUGAACAUAGUGCCGUACCAUAUGAAUCCCUACGGCCACCCCUACCAGUUCGACCUUCACCCGAGUCAGUUUGCGCAUCUCUCCGCAUAGGAUCAGUGGAAUUUUUCGAACAGCGGAUAACUGAUUUAUUAAGGUAAACAGUCGGCCGUGGUACCACGGGGUUGUUUGUAACAUCGAGAGGCCGCCGGCGUCUGAGAUGCUACAGCGACCAGACUGGGUCAGUUAUUCGCUGCUCGAAAAAUUUCCACCUGAUAGCCUAAUUUUGUUAAAUUGUUGAUUGUGACGUUAUAAGUGACGCUAAAAAGUGGUGUGUGUUUCAAGAUACGUUGAGAAGGAUUGCAGUGAUAAAAUUAUAUGCAUACAAAGAUCUUUAAGUGCAAAACUACCUAAAUAAUUCAAUUGAUCGACGAAUAUCAUAAGUACCUGGCAGACGUAAAUAUUAACCUGCUAGUUUUUUUUUAUUUGUAUUCAAAUAUUGACCAGAGGUUGAUACCGUACUGAUUGUAAAGUCUCAAAAUCUUUUUUCAGUUUUGUUCUAAAUGUCACAGUGUAAUAUUUUAUCGUAAAUGCUAUUGGGAUACGUUAAAAUAGUGUUAAAUUUGAUGUAGAAAGAAAUUUACCUAGUCAUAAGCUAUGAUUCGAAUUGCAUGUUAUUCCUAAAGACAACUGAGAGCCGAAUAAUGUACAUGACGAUGGCUUAAUCAAUACCUAAUUAUACCUAAAUUCGUGUUAGGGUUAAAUGGAUUAGCUUUCCAGUGGGCCUAGCCAAGAUGAAUCGUACAUCGACAAACGCCUGAAGAAAUGUAUCAGAUUGACAGAUGGUUCGAAUUUAAGUAUUGGCGUUUUCUACCGACGAUUCUCAUCUUGGUUACGCUCCCGGCAGCUUAGGUGUAGGUAGAUAAGCCGUCUCAGAAAUAACAAAUUCGGAAUUGUACAGGGAUAGCAUAACACAACAUAGGUAAUACAAAAGGAUUGUAUGUAUGUACUAUCAAAUUUAUUAAGGGUUGCUAUACUUACUUCGUCUAGUACCAGAUAUAAAUACAUUUUAAAUUAGAGAGGGCUUGUAAAAGCGCUGUGAACUUAAUUAGAGAUAAUUGUAAGCUCAGUAAUAUAGUAACUGUGAAUAGGUAGAUAUUCCUUCUUAUUGUAUAUACGUAAUGUUUUAAUAGGUAUGGUGAAAAGUUUAAUAUAUUUCAGUAAACUUCCCGAAGAACUGCUUUAUGUUCCUGUCGUUUAGUUGUAAAUAACGAAAGUAUUUAUCAUCCUAUAAAUACAAAUAACGAUACCUAAUUAACAUUAUUUAGAUUAUGAAUAUGGAUUUUUUAAAGUUUCCACAAACAAUACCAAUUAUAACAUUUUCAAAUGACUCUAUUUCGUAUUUUAAAAACUUUAAUGUCGUAUUUGUAAAUGUACUUAAUAUUCUUAGCAAUUAAAAGGUCCUAUAGUUUCUUCCCUUGAGUAAACAUUGGUUGUUUAAAUUGACUUACUUUACAUUCGUUUUACGGACAGACCUUUGUCGUCGCAUUAUGGUCUUUAAUCACAUGUUUAUUAGGAUUGUCGUGGUCAACUGUGAUAUUUUGUUAAAUUUUAUUCUUAAGUAAAAACAGUGCGACUUGAGUUGGUUAUAUUUGGUUUCAUUUAGAAAGUAUGCCUGAAAAGUGCUGAUUUCAUUUACUUUCGACUAGUUCAUUUGUUGCUUUAUUUAUUGUUUGUAAAUAUUAGAUACGUCAUUUAGUAUAACUGAAUUGAGAAAUGUUCAAAUUCAUAAUGUAACAUAACAUCAUUGAAUCAUUUACGUUGACUUUUUUCUAUGAAUUCUGUGCAAUAGCGAGUGGCCUAAUUCGUGUAUCUACAAAUUGUUUCUAUCCUUCAUUUUCAAGCUUCGCCAUCAUUAUUUUUAAUUGUGUUAUUUCCUUUUAACUAAAUACGAAUAUGUUUAUCGUUCAUUCCAGAUUUAAAUGAGAGCUCUAGUGAAGUAUACUACUUAUUCAUUUAAAUUAUUGUAUUGUAUGAAUAAAAAUGUAUCAAAUUUGAAAAUUGGUGAAGAUGAAAUAAAUUAUGAAGAGAAA